AUGGAAGGGGCUCCAGCUGGGGGUUUCCAAACAUUGGGGAAACUUGACUUGGCUCUGCCGGCCGCCCCCUCGGUCAUCUAUCUCCUCAAUUCCUGCUCAGCGGUGAGGGGAAAAGGCCACAAGGUUUGGCUCCUGCCCAGUGGUAGUCCCUCUCCCCAAAGUGUCUGUGUGUCAAGUGACAAAGCUGUUCUUCCUGGUGACCCUGAUUAUAUCCAGUAUCUUCUAGACUAUACGCAUAGACCUGCUUGGUCUUUUCUCUCCUGGGCAUUUGUUUUGCUCUUUAGUUUUGCUUUUCCCUCUCCUGUCCCUUUUAUUUAA